ACUCUUUGAUGAUGGGUUUGUUAAUUUUCUAAAAAAAAAAAAAAAAAAAAAGGAGAAGAAGAAAAAGAAGCAUCUGCCACUAUACUGCAAAAGCAUUAUAUGUCAAUUUUUUCAUUCUGCAUACUUUUUUAAAUACCACCUAAUCUAUGUGUCAUAAUAAUCUUACUGACUGAACACCCCCCCCUCCACUAACUAAAUAAAAUACACACUCAAAAUGUAUUUAAAAAGAAACAAAGAAAAAUGUGUGCUAAACAGGAAGGAGGGUAGGUUUGGUUUAUUCUCAGAAGUAAUUCUACAGUUUGCCAGCAGAGGGCGUGGGUUGUUUAUAGCAGCUCGCUGCUGAGCAUGCUCUGACCGGCUGUGAUGCAGAGGAGAGGGUGCUUCUUUAUCUUCUAAUCUCCGGUAAUUUCCGGAGGUCGGUGGGCGGUGCUGAGACCCCUGAAGAUACACAGAGAGCCUAUGGAUGCUGCUGACCAAAGGAUAUGAUAGGUCAGUCAGGAUGCCUUUGCAUAAGGGUGUCAUAUUUUUUGUUUUUGUUGGUGACAUGCCGUUAUAGAGUAGGAUAACUUGGAGGAGGAGAGAGCGUCAGGAAAACAGCGCUUCUUUGUUUGCUAAAACUAGGUGAAUGCAGUAACAGACAACAAUAGACAAGUUAUUCUCCGGAAAAAGGGCAGGAGUUGCUUCUUUUGCUGUCAGACUGUGGUUGUGGGCUGAGAUUUUUGCUCUUUAAGGGAUUUUAUUCAAACAUAUGCCGCAGAUACAUAAAGUCAUCUCUAGGCCGGUGAGAUAAAGAGACAAAGCUGCUGAGGCAGGAAUAUGCGCAGACAACAUCCAGAUCUGCUUAUGAGUGUUUACGCGCUGAUCACCGGGACUGACAACGGCAGAGGUGAUGCAAUUUGGGGAAAUCUGUCAAAACUGAUUUAAAACAGAGGCCCUACUUAGCGAAUCUGAGUGUUUACAAGGCGGACAUCCGGCCGGAAGACACAGACAGACUCUGUAAGCAGGCAACGACGUGUUUCUGCCGGUAGAUGCUCAUUUCUCUCACUCUCUUCCUGUGGAGGCUCUACCGACAUUUCUCCAUCAUGUUCAGCUCAGACAGACUCACAGUCCCGGAGUAUGUCAGCAGGCUGCAGAGGGGCAGGAGCGGCUCAGGACCAGACCCCAAAGCUGUCUCUCCGGGCAUCAGUGCGGACGUACAGGCGGUGUUGGACAGCUCCCUCCCCGCCCUUCGCUGCGCCAUCAGGAGGCUUAAGUCAGCCAAAGAAACCUCAGACUCAGACGAGACACGCAGGGCCAUCGCGGAGAUUUACCAGCUGGUGGAGGAGGCCUGGGUCCUGCCCACUGUAGGCCGUCAGGUGGCCGAAGAGAUCUGUAACAGGAUCAGGCUGGAUGGAGGCCUGGAGCUGCUGCUGCAGCUGCAACAGACACCUGCUGUAGAGAUCACCUAUGAGUCUGCAAAACUGCUGGAGCAAAUCCUCAUCUCAGAGAACAGAGAUUACAUAGCACGCCUGGGUCUUGGGGUCAUUCUCAACCUGACUCGACAGCAAGAAGAUGCUCAACUGGCCCGCAGUGUUUCAGGGAUCCUGGAGCACAUGUUCAAACACACUGAGGAGACAUCUAUCCACUUAAUCUCUAAUGGGGCCCUGGACGCUCUCCUCUUCUGGUGCAGAGGUACAGACCCCACAGUUCUCCGUCACUGUGCUGUGGCUCUAGCAAACUGUGCCUUAUACGGCGGCCACCGCAGCCAGAGAUUGAUGAUCGAGAAACAGGCAGCUGAGUGGCUUUUCCCAUUGGCUUUUUCCAAAGAGGAUGAACUUAUUCGCUUCCAUGCAUGUCUGGCUGUGACUGUGUUGGCUGCUAAUAAAGAAAUCGAAAAGGAGGUGGUGAAGUCUGGAACCUUGGAGCUGGUGGAGCCGUUCAUCGCAUCUUUGGAUCCGGAUGACUUUGCCCGCAGUUUACUGGAUAGUGCAGAUGGCAUGCAGGGUAGGACGGCGUCUGAUCUGCAGCAUCUUCUGCCUUUACUGGAUGGCACAAGAUUGGAGGGAAAGUGUAUUGCUGCCUUUUAUCUUUGCGUUGAGACCAGCAUCAAGUCUCGUCAGCGCAACACAAAGAUAUUUCAAGAGAUCGGCGCAGUGCAGAGUCUAAAGAGAAUUGUCAUGUACUCAAGCAAUGGCACAGCCUGUUCCCUUGCGAAGCGGGCAUUGAGUAUGAUGGGAGAGGAAGUGCCGAAACGUAUCCUGUCGAGUGUGCCCAACUGGAAAUCCUGUGAGGUCCAGACUUGGUUGCAGCAGGUUGGCUUUAGUGCCUAUUGUGACCGCUUCCAGGAGCUCCAGGUGGAUGGAGACCUCCUGCUGAACAUCACAGAGCAGGAUCUGACCUCUGACCUUGGCAUGACUAUAGGCCUUACUCGCAAAAGGUUUUUGAGAGACUUGCGUGUGCUGAAAACUUAUGCCAACUACUCCACCUGUGACCAAAACAACAUGGCUGACUGGUUAGCUGAUGUAGAACCUCGCUUCCGUCAGUACACCUAUGGACUUGUCCAGUCAGGAGUGGAUCGAAACAAUGUUCAACACUUGACUGACCAGCAGCUUCAGCAAGACUGCCAUAUUGAAAAUGGAGUCCACAGAGCUAAGAUCCUGUCCUUUAGUCGCAAACCAUUAAAGCCAUGUCACACUGACGCCCGGCCUGCAGGGCCUGAUGUUUUCAUCAGCUACCGCCGAACUACUGGAUCCCAGCUGGCGAGUCUUCUGAAGGUGCACCUGCAGGUUCGAGGAUACAGCGUCUUCAUUGAUGUGGAAAAACUGGAGGCUGGUAAAUUUGAGGACAAACUGAUCCAGAGUGUACAGAGGGCAAAAAACUUUAUCCUGGUCCUGUCUGCCAAUGCCCUUGACAAGUGCAUGGGUGAUACUGCCAUGAAGGACUGGGUGCAUAAGGAGAUAGUAACAGCCCUGGCUGGGAAGAAGAACAUAGUGCCUGUCACAGACAAUUUCAUGUGGCCAGACCCCAUGUCCCUGCCAGAGGACAUGAGAGCAAUUCUCAAUUUCAAUGGCAUCAAGUGGUCCCAUGAAUAUCAGGAGGCCACUAUUGAGAAGAUCCUACGCUUUCUGAAAGGACAACAAGACCAAAUGGACAGCACAGAUGCCUCCAAAGUACAGAAAAAGAAAUAAAGUGACAGAUUCCAGGUUUGAACAACUUUCAAGGAUGCCAAAUUUCAACAUCUCCAACUGUGAGCUGGCAGGCAGCUUAUUACUCUGCUCUGCCUGCAUGUGAAUUCAACGACAUGCUCACACACUAAAACCUGAUAUACUGUAGAACGACUCAUUUCAGAUUGUAUAUAACAAACGUGCGCCUUUAAUGAGAGCACCCUCACACUGCUGUGUACAUGUAACCAGGUGCAGUAUAUGCCUUUUGUCUCAGGAAUAUAACUGUGAUAGAUCAGCCUUCAUUGGCACCCAGCAAUUCAUUAUAGCAAUUUUUAAAGCAUUCACUAACCCAUCUGUCAAGAUAUAAACUAUACACGAUCAUUUUUAUUUACCUUGCAUUAUGUACAUUAUUAAGACCAAAGCAGGUCUCUGAGUUUACUGACAUGUUUUUUUGUUAGUGUGUUACAACUGUGAUCAAAAAGAAACCUUUCCCAGCAGAUGUUUGUAUUUGUUUUUGGUGUUAGAGUCAAUAGUGGACGUAAUCUGAAGAUGGAUGCAUGACUAGUACAGACAGCAAUGAGCUUUAACUCAAGUUAAACUGCAACACAAGUUAACUAAAUAAAAGUACAUGGAUGUAUAGGCAAGAAUCAUUCCACUUUGGUGUUAAACAUUCUCCCCCGCUGUAAAAAUGGGUGAGAUAUCAGUUUAAUUUAAUUGACAUGCAGGAAAUGGACUGUUACCUCCUUUAAAUUAGGAUUUAAUGACACUGGAAUUUUAAACUCCGAUAUAAUACUAGUAAAACUCAAAAAUACAUCACUAGGCAGGACAUAUUGGAUAAUUACUUGUCUAAAUUGCCACAAACUGCAGGCAAACUCUUGCACACUGUCUAAGUUGUAUCAAAAACACUAGGCACAUUUUCUUACUAGGACAGUAGUAAUGUUUCAGUCAGGAACACUUUUGCCAUACAUUUGACCAUUUUAUUGCAACAUGGAUAUACAGUUUUACUCGGUGGAGAAGGGUCUGCUCAGAAGAUGCUCCCUGGGUUGGUCAAACAGCAUGCUUUGACUUUCCAGGGAGUACAUGACUAGAAACCCUCAUGGAUAGAGACAUUUAUGAUAAUACAUACUGAAUACAAUAAAAUUAGUCAAAAGCAAUUAAUACAUGGUAGAAUGAAUCUGAAUAUGAGGGUGCAACAAGUUUUUUACUGUAAAGGAGGAGGCUGGGAUGGAGGAGGAUAAGC